AUGGCGUUCUAUUGCAAAUUCAAGCUGUUAAAAGAACGAGAUGACGUCUUACCCAUUGUUGAAAAUUUUACAAGAUUAUCGUAUAAAACCCCAACACCAUGCAAAAGAAAUUAUAAUCGCGGGUUCUGUCCGGAAAUCGUUCGAUUUGAUCAUGAAAAAGCAUUAAUAGCCGGCAAGAGGAGAAAAAAGAAAGCUUUCCUGGCUGUUGGCAUACCCACGGUGUUGCGCUUGGAUGCUUUAGCCUAUUACAUCUCGAAUACGCUAUUAACCCUUAUCAAUGAAUUAGACGAAUCAAGCUUAAAAGAAAUCGUAUUUAUUGUAUUAUUGGCUGACGCACCCAAGUCAAACAGAACUUAUGUCCUCAAAGAUAUAAGUUCACAUCAUUAUGCAAGAAUGGCGAGUGGACUUAUUCAAAUUAUUGAAAUACCGAAAAACUUUUAUCCGCCUCUGAAUAACCCAACAUUAAGAUAUGGCGAUAAAUACUUUGUUAAUGCUAAAUGGCGAACUAAACAAGCAAUCGAUUAUUCAUUCCUCUUUCUGUAUAGUAUGGAUCAAGCUCAAUAUUAUAUUCAAUUAGAAGAUGACAUCUCAGCGGCUCCUCAAUAUUUAGCUUCUAUAAAGGAUUUCAUUAAAAAGCAAACGCAACCAUGGAUAUCUUUAGCGUACUCACGGAUGGAUAUCGUUGGAACUUUAUACAAAACUUCAUCGUUACUACGAUUAGCUCAAUUUGUGAUGUUUUUUUAUGAUGUUCAGCCCGUAUCGAAACUAUAUCGCUUCUUUAAUGCUAUCCAUUUUCAGCGGCAUUCCCUGCCAAAGCUACCAUCAUUAUUUCAACAUGUAGGAGAGAAAACAUCAAAGCUAGGAUUCUUUCAAAAAUUGACUGUCGAUAGAGAUUUCGAAAUCGUUAAGCGAAAAUAUAAAGGCGAUAACCCUCAAGCCGUUAUUCAAACAUCGAUGAAAACAAUCGACGGAUACGAUGCCGGAAUGGCGUACAGCAUAAUACCGGGAUAUUGUUGGAUGAAAGAAGUUCGAAUCGAUGAUACCUAUAUGAUUAUAUUUAAUCAAUCGCACUUUCUAAGUCGUAUAGCAUUAGAAACUGCAACAGCGGAGCACAGUGAUGAUUUCUUGCGCGGUGGUGUCAUUGAAGUUAGCCCAGAAAAUAAAGAUGCGGCUGCUAAAAAAAAGCCAUUAUGUUCAAAUUAUAUUAAUUUGGGUGAAACGGAUUAUGGUCGCAUAGAUAUACAAGGCGUAGAUAAGGUUGCCAAAUUUAAAAUUAAGUGUUUACGUAUCAGGAUAACAGAGCAUCAAACUUCUUGGUUACUUAUUCGAGAGAUUGCAGUUUGGACGUCAAAAUAA